AUGAUCUCCGCCUUGGCUGCAACUUCAGCUGCGUGUUCGACAGGAACGACAAUCACGCCGUUGGUAUCGCCUCGGAUUAUGUCGUUAUUGCGGACAACACACCCACCCACCACCACGGGACAAUUCACGUCCACAGCCGUCGUCGUACCUUGCUGUCCGUGCACCGACGUGCCACGAGAGAAGGCAGGAAAUCCCAUCGAGCUAAUCUCCUGUACGUCGCGCACUCGUCCGUCCGUCACGACACCAGCGAUGCCGCGAGACUUGGAGGCGGUGGCCAAUAGUCCGCCGAAGACACCAGAUGUGCUGCCCUUGGGAGAACUGAUGACGAUCACCUGUCCUCGCUCGGCCUUGUCAACGUAA